CCGGGUACUCCUCGUGCCUCUCCUCUGGCUACUCCCGUCAGGAUGGAUUUAUGACUUGAAAAGGGGGGCGGGAUUGGAGGGAGGAAAAUUGCCUUCAGGAGCCAGAGACUCCACCACAGCCCAGCAAAACACAUAAGGAGGCGGUCGGAUCACAAGGCGUGAGCAGCACAGAAGUGCCACUCUGGGAUCUGGUGGAUCCUCGUAUGUAAUAUGACUGAUCUUAAGCCUUUCAUCUGCCUUCACAGCGUCAAGCUUCUGGAUUUAAGGUAGUUUGCCCGGGACCUGCUUUUGAUAUGUUGGCCAAGACUCUGCUUUCUCUUGGUCUGUGGCUGCAGUUUGCUGCGGGGCAGAACACACCUAAGGGAGGUCCCCUGCCCUCUCUUUCUGGUUCAGAGGGAGACCUCCUCUUCUUGCUGGACAGCUCUGGUAGCGUCUCCAACUAUGAGUUUUCCAGGGUCAAAGAAUUCAUAUGGGACCUCAUCCGACCUUUCACUUUUGGCCCCAAUGAUGUGCAGACCAGCAUCAUCCACAUCAGCACCACACCGACCAUGGAAUUCCCUUUUGACCGCUACCUGUCCAGUGGGACUGUGCAACAAGCCAUCCGGGACACUCAGCAGCUGAUGGGUGACACUAACACGGGCAAAGCUCUCUCCUAUGCUAAGGAAAAGUUCUUCAGCAAUGAAGCUGGUGCCCGGCCAGAUGUGCCUAAGGUCAUGGUUUGGGUGACAGAUGGUUUCUCCACCGAUGACAUCUCUGAACCCAUGCAGCUCCUGAAGGACAUGGGGGUAACGGUCUUCAUUGUCAGCACAGGACGGGGGAAUUAUUUGGAGCUCUCUGCUGCUGCCAGCCAACCUCCUGAGAAGCACCUGCACUUUGUGGAUGUUGACGACCUGCCCAUCAUCACCAAGGAGCUUCGAGAUGCCAUCCCAGAUGCCAUCCAAGCCAAUCGGCUUCGCGCAGUGGAUGUCACCUCAAGCAGCUUCCGUCUGGUGUGGCCCAAAGUCCUCUCCCAAGAAACUGGCUACUACACCCUGGAAUAUUCCCCAAUAGAUGAUCCAUCAAGAAAGAGGACAAAGCAAGUGCCUGGGGCUCACACUACCCUUGUGCUGAGCGAUCUUCCACCAGAAACCACUUACCAGGUGGCCCUCAUUCCCGAAUCCAACGUGCACUACAUCCCUCCCCAGACAACAAGGGUUACGACGCUGGCAGAGGAGAUCAGUCCAGCUCAGGUUCUCAUCUCGGAGUCCAAGCCACACAGCUUCCACGUUAGCUGGGCUCCCACCCCGGACAGCGUGACGGGUUAUCAGAUCCUGUACGGGCCGCUGCCUGGGAACUGGGUGAAGCUGCUGGAGGUGGAUGGCACACAAAACAGCACCGUGGUGGAGAACCUGGCACCCAACAGCACCUAUCUCGUGACAGUGACUGCCAUCUACAAAUCGGGAAAGGAGAAAUCCCUGUCCGCUAAAGCCUGCACUCAGGAAGAGGGCUUCAAGGUGAGGCACCUUCGCUUUGAGAACAUGGGCCCCAACACCGUGAAGGCCUCCUGGGACUCUGCCGACGGGAAGGUCCUCGGUUACCGAGUGAGGUGCCGGCGGCAGACCGGCCCUUCCUCCCUCGUGAGCGUUUCGCCGCAGACCCGCAGCGUUCUCCUCACCGACCUGCCUUCGGGCACCACCAGCAAAGUCUGCGUGAAGCCCGUCUACAAGAACCAGCCGGGCAAGGGGCUGUGCCGCACGCUGCUCAUGCAGCCAGCUACAGAAGCCCAAGGAUAUAAGCACAGGGCAUGACAGGCACUGGAGUGAACUGAUCCCCCACGGGGCAAGGGGAAAAGCUUGGACAAGAAGGAGGGAUCUGGGGAGGAAGCUGGAAACCUCA